AAAACGGCGGGUAUCUUUGGGUGGGUGGGGUUUUUGUCGUCUCGUGCUGCCAAUUUACUCGGGAGAUAACCGGAUUUUUUCAAGUUCUUCAACUCAGUGCUUCAAUCACUGCACCCCUGCCAUCUCUCAGUAGGUGCAUCUUACCCAAUCCUUAAAGGGAUCACCUGUCAUGUCUAACAAACGCAAAUCCAACACAAAAGAUGAAUCAUCUGAUUCUUCCCUCUCAGAUCUCGAGGAGCCUGUUGUAGCUAAAAAACCCAACAAGUCAAGUGGCUCCACAAAGUCAUCACACGUGACUACUUCAGGUGGAGACCAGCUAAUAGACUUAACUGGAAAAAAGUUCGCGUGCGUAAGAGAGUUCAGAGGAAAAGCGUUUGUCGAUAUAAGGGAAUACUAUGAAGACAAAUCCAGUGGAGAAUUAAAACCUGGAAAGAAAGGAAUUUCCCUUAAUUUGGAACAAUGGGAAUAUUUAAAAAGUUCAAUUGGUGAAUUAGAUAAUGACAUAAGAAAUCUGCGACGAUAACUUUUCAAAAAACCACAGCUUCAAAAUGUUUAUAUUAGCUGUAUUUUUGAUACAUUCCCGAUCACCUUAAUACUAAUAACUAUUGCUUUGUGAAAAGUUGCCAGAAAAAUCCUAUUAUUGAAUUUAAAGAUUGCAUUUUGUUAGUUUUUUUUUAUAAAAAAUACAAUUUAUGGAGUUCUGUUUUUUCAA